AUGACGAGCAACGGGAGCAGGGAAAUUACAAAGAAGAAGAAGAACAAGACGACGACGACGCGUAAGAACCGUAAACUUUUAGAGCAUUUGAGCUUAAAAGCUACCACGACUACUCCGUCGAAAUCUUCUUCGCACCCUUUCGAUGUGGACGCGAGCGACCACUGCGAAACUCCUUUUCAAGCGUACAAAGAUAUCGAACCCUUUCUGUUUCGAAUCGCUCUGAGUUUGAAGAAAACGAAGGCGAGUUUAAAAAUAUACGACCCGUAUUUCUGUGAAGGAUCUGCGAAGGAACAUUUGAAACGACUCGGUUUUGAAAGCGUUCACAACGUCAACGAAGAUUUCUACGAAAACGUCAAGAAAAAUACGAUUCCAGAAUAUGACGUGUUGCUUACCAAUCCUCCGUAUUCGUCAGACCACUUCAAGCGAAUAUUGAACUUCUGCGGGGCGAGCGAGAAACCUUUCUUUCUUCUUCUCCCAAAUUUUGUCUGCCGUAAAACAUACUACGCCAACGAAAUAACCAGUCGAAAGAAAGAACCGUUGUUCUUAAUUCCGGACGAGCUGAAACCUUAUCGCUAUUGGGCGCCAGGAAGGAAAGGAUUUGAAGAGCGGGCGAAAGGAACCACGCCUUUUAUAACGUUUUGGUAUCUCGAGUUUGGUGACGCGAUUGACAAAAACGAAAUUCGUGGUUGGUGGCUCAAGAAAUACUCGCCUCAUUCGAGAUGCGAACUUCCCGCGCCAGAAGAAAGUCUACCGCAACAGCAACGUUUGCAAAAACGCAGCAACCCAAACAAAAGAAGACGAGAGAAAGCGCAGAAUAAAAAUAUACUGAAAGAGCCAAGAGAAAAAAGCGGCAGCAUCUACUACGACCCAAACGUUGCCCAGAAAAAGAAGAGGAAGAAGCUAGAAUCGAAAGAAAGAGUUUAA